CCGUCCCCUUCUUCUUCUUCUUCUUCUACUGUGUGGCUGUGGGUGGUGGACGCGACUUUCGGCUCUUCGGAGUCGCUUAUGUCCGUGAGGUUGUGUCGCCCAGCAGCAUGGCUCGUGUCCAAGCUUAAAAGUUUCAGCCCCGGCGCAAAAUAGGACGCGCUACCGUCGCUGCCGUGUGUCCGUGUGUGUGUUUCAGCUCGGACAGGUCAUGGCAGCAGCAGACGGUGUUGAUAUGACUGGUUGGUUGAUCUGAGCGUGUGUCCUCCUCCUCCUCCUCCUCCUCCUGCUCUGCCUGCCACCACCAGCACACUCACAGUCAUCUAAGUGCCAGCGGGGAAACAGCGCCAUCCAACUGUUGGUGCGUGAAAUUACAUCGUCACAGAGGCGGCCAGUGCAGCCCCACAGCGGCUCCUACUGGAGGAAACGUGCCACUCCUACUACUUUAGACCCUGUUUUGGUGAGAAAGGGAUUGAUUGUUGAGACCAUAGUUUCAGUUAGUAAAUCAGACCCAGAGCUAAAGAUGGCCUUCAUGUAUGCAUCCCUUCUGGCUCUGCUCACUGUGCUCCUUGCACUCUCCUUGACUCCAGAGGCCGACGCUGCAGCUGUGCCCAGCAGCACGGCCAGCGCUAAAGAUCCACAAGGUCCAACGAAGAAGAUUUUCAUGAAGGAGUCGGAUGCCUCACACUUCUUCAGAAAACGCAGCAGGCGAGGCGCGAAGUCUCAGGAUGAGAUAAACGCUGAGCAGAGGCUGGUUUUGGCCGCAGACGAACGGAAAAGAGAGUUUCACGAGGAGAAGAGGAACGAGUUUGAGAGCUACGCCGAGGAGGACCAGGACGAACAAAAUGAAAGGAGCAGAACGAGCACCGAGCAGUGGAGGGAAUUUCACUACGAUGGGAUGGAUCCUCCGCAUGAGUAUAACCGCCACUCCGUCUGAGUCUGAGAGACAGCGAGAGAGAGAAUACAUGUGACACGACUUCAAAGAAACAUCUUGAGCUUCACGGCCAAGCUUUUCACCACAGUUGGCGGCAGUCGCUUAGUCAAGAUAUUAAGAUGUUUUUAACUCAUUUUUAACCCUUUUGUUGCUGAUGCUGACUUUUCAUCUUCAUGACAGGCCAGACUGUUUAUGAUAUAAAAAAACACUCUCUUCAAAUUGACUAAAACCCUCUUUGUGGAUAAGUACAGAAGUGGUAACGCCUUUAUAUAUAUA